AUGCCUCGAAAGCUGAGGGCUGCUGCUCAAGCAGCAGCGAAGUCCAUGAGAGAUGCGCCUCAGCAUCCUGAUGCCUCUGAUGAUGAGAUGAUAGAUGCUCCUCCAUCAGAACCAUCAUCGCCUGUCCCAGAUUACAAUGAUUCCCCUGAGAACGACCCCGAUGUACAAAUUGAUGCCGAAAGCGAUGCUGAACCCGAAGCCGGGUCCGUUGAGCCCGCGGAGCCUGAGGCUGAGCCUGCACCUGAACCUGAAGCCGGGGCUGAGGCUGAGGCCGAAACUCCUGCUGAAUCCAAGGGUGAUGAAGGAGCGAGUGUAGCGACACCUGCUGCUGAAGACACGACUCAGAUUGCCGGCGCAGAGGAUACCCCAACUUUCACUGGUGGCCGUCAAUCUGCCAUUCCCCGCAAACGUCGCAUUGGUCGCCCACCCAAGAACCGUCCUCCAGACUGGGAUGCGCCAGACGGUCCAGACACCCCUCUUCGAGUCACCACUCCCGUCAAGCGUCGCAGAGGUCGCCCUGCUGCCAGCGGUGGACGAUGGGCGCGAAACAGGGGUCCAUCUCACCUGACCCAGGUCCCAGUCGACAAGGAGGGAAACAUGAUGGAUGUGAUCAACGAUGAAGUGGCUGUUCCUCCGGACCCCAAGGGUGCUACCAAGGUUGAUGACAAUGGACAUCUUCAGGGUGGACGCGAGUACCGAGUUCGCACUUUCACCAUUCUUAACCGCGAUGACCGCCUGUACAUGCUGUCGACUGAACCGGCACGAUGCAUUGGUUUCCGUGACUCGUAUCUCUUCUUCCAAAAACACAAAAUGCUCUACAAGAUAAUCAUCGAUGACGACGCUAAGCGCGACUUGAUUGAACGCGACCUUAUCCCGCAUUCUUAUAAAGGUAGAGCCAUUGGUGUGGUCACUGCGCGCUCAGUGUUCCGCGAAUUUGGCUCCAAGAUUGUUGUUGGCGGUAAGAAGGUUCUUGAUGACUACUACGAGGAUGCUGCUCGUGAACGUGGCGAUGUGGAGGGUGAGCUGGCUGUCCCUGACGACAAGCUGCCUGGCCCUGGAGAGUCCUACAAUCGCAACCAGUAUGUCGCUUGGCAUGGUGCCAGUAGUGUAUAUCACACUGGUGCGCCGUCCGUACCUCUGGCGGGAGGUAAACCGGUGGAUUCCAAGAAGCGUCGGGUCCCCAUCACGGAUGAUAACUGGAUGCUCGAGCACGCCCGUGCAGCAAGCACAUUCAAUUCCAAGCUUGCCGAAAUGCGCCGUAGCACCAUGGGAGGCGUGUAUGAUGUUCACACAAACAACAUGCAAUACCCCCAGAUCACCCAGCCCACUCAUGUUCGAUACGAACGCGUACCGCCAUCGAAGGCGCUUUCCGCAGCAGAGCUGAUGUCCGACCUGUCCACGCUAAGUAUCGGAGGCAAUAGGCAACCCAGCAAUCGCCCACAAACUGCUACCGAAGAACCAUCCUCAACCUCUCCCAAACCCACUUCGACCUCCGGCGCAGAGCAGGAGUCCACCGAACAGAAACCCUCAGUCCUCUUCCCCCGCGUCUGCAAGUCCAUCUCCGACCACUACGUCAUUCAGGACAUCUCGUAUGAAACACCUCCCUACUCCAACAUGGGUAUCCCAGGCCCGGACGGAGAUAUGCACACCCUGAGCCCGAACGGUGUGACCACUAUGGCUGGCUCACUGCACCCUGAGUUCAUGAGUCCUGAGAUCAUCGCCAUGCUCCCCGAGGAAUGCAAAGUGGGACUUAUGGACCAUGCAGCUCGCGAGCAAGAGUGGAAGUCUAGAUGGUCGACCGAAGCUGACAAUGGGGCGCGAGCCACGCCAACUAAGAGCUACGCAUGGUAUCCCUAG